AUGGGUAAAGGGCAAAGUAAAGAAGACAAGAAACUGGACGGUUCAAUAAAGAAACGAGCCAAUAGAAGAUUGACUGUUGAGGAACUUAAAGAAUUAGAAGAAAUGACUUAUUUUUUUAUAAGCACGUUCACCAGAAAAGAACAGUUGUUAUUUUCUUUCAUACCUUCUAAAAACAAUUUUUUAGUUACUCAAAAUGAACUGAAAAAAUGGUACAAGGAUUUCUUACGAGACUGCCCAACUGGCGAACUCAGGAUACAUGAAUUUCAAAGUAUUUAUAAACAAUUCUUCCCACGCGGUGACCCAUCCAAAUUUGCUUCUUAUGUUUUCGGUGUCUUCGACAGUAAUAAGGAUGGUUACAUAUCAUUUCGGGAAUUUAUCAUUGCGCUUUCAAUUACUUCACGAGGAUCAUUAGAUGAGAAACUCGAUUGGGCAUUUUCAUUAUACGACGUAGACAAAGACGGCUACAUAACUAAAACCGAGAUGAUUGAAAUUGUUGACGCAAUUUAUUCAAUGAUAGGUAAUGUUGUGGACUUCUCUGAGGGCGAAGAAACUCCUGAAAAGCGGGUUGCCGUAAUAUUUUCCAGCAUGGAUCUCAACCUUGAUGGAAAGUUAACUCGUGAAGAAUUUAAAGUGGGUUCAAGAAACGAUCCAUGGAUUGUACAAGCAUUAACGAUGGAUUCAUAA